CUCCAUCUCCGUAGCCACGCCCACUUCCUCGAAGUUUGGCGCGUUGGGAACUACAUUGCCCAGAAGGCGCCGUACCGCCAGGCGGCGACGCUUGGCCAAUGAAAAGAGACCUGCCCAAGCGUGCAGCGCGCAAUGGGCGGGACUUUUGGUGUCGCCGCCCCUCGGCGGUCACUCUGCCCUAACGGUGAGCUUAGCCUGCGGGAAGCUGGUUGUAAGCCGAGGCUACCAGCGCCGGAAGGCGCGUUAGCGACGUGCACUGUUCUCGCCGCUCAGAGGCGGGUCUGAGGCUUGGUGGCGGCGCCUAGAGUGGCUCAGGUGCUCUCCUCGGUCGUUGUCUCCCCCUCCCGGCUCAACCCACAGGCUCUGAUGGCGGCGGCCGCGCUGAGGGAGCCCGCUGAGGUUCUUGUGGCUGCAGAGUUACUUAUAGACAAUGAAGAGGGCUAUGUGACCUUUGAGGACGUGGCUGUCUGCUUCUCCCAGGAGGAAUGGAGAUUGCUUGAUGAGGCUCAGAGGCUCCUCUACCGCAAUGUGAUGCUAGAGAACUUUUCACUUAUGGCCUCUCUGGGACUUGCAUCUUCCAAGACCCGUGAAAUAACUCAGCUGGAGUCAUGGGAAGAGCCCUUCAUGCCUGCUUGGGAAGUUAUGACUUCAGCCAUACCAAGAGGUUGUUGGAAUGGAGUGGAGGCCAAGGAGGCUCCUAAGCAGAGUGCUUCUGUAGGAGUGCUUGGCUCAAAUGUUCAGCAACACCAGAAGCAGCAAUGUGGAGAGAAACCCUUAAAAAGAGAAGAGGGCAGGAUCCCAGUUUUGAGGAGUUGCAGAAUCCACCUGUCAGAGAAGUCCUUGCAAAGCAGGGAGGUUGGGAAGGACCUUCCAACCAGCUCAGGUCUUCUUAAGCACCAGAUGACUCACAGGGGAGAGGAGUCACAUAGGACUACCAAAAGUAGGGAGGCCUUUCAUGCUGGAAAAAGGCAUUACACAUGCAGUGAAUGUGGGAAAACCUUCGGUCAGAAAUAUUUACUUGUUCAGCACCAGAGACUACAUACUGGGGAAAAGCCUUAUGAAUGCAGUGAAUGUGGGAAGUUAUUUAGUCAUAAGUCCAACCUUUUUAUACACCAAAUAGUUCACACUGGAGAAAGGCCUUAUGGGUGUAGUGACUGUGGGAAAUCCUUUAGCCGUAAUGCUGACCUCAUUCAACACCAGAGAGUUCACACUGGAGAAAAGCCUUUUACAUGCAGUGAAUGUGGAAAAGCUUUCAGGCAUAAUUCCACACUUGUUCAGCAUCACAGAAUCCACACUGGAGUAAGGCCUUAUGAGUGCAGUGAAUGUGGGAAAUUGUUUAGUUUCAACUCCAGCCUCAUGAAACAUCAGAGAGUUCACACUGGAGAAAGACCUUAUAAGUGCAGUGAAUGUGGAAAAUUCUAUAGCCACAAAUCCAGCCUUAUCAAUCAUUGGCGUGUUCACACUGGAGAAAGGCCUUAUGAGUGCAGCGAAUGUGGGAAAUUUUUUAGCCAAAGCUCAAGCCUCAUGCAACAUCGAAAAGUUCAUACUGGAGAAAAGCCUUUUAAGUGCAAUGAAUGUGGCAGAUUCUUUAGUGAGAAUUCCAGCCUUGUUAAACAUCAGAGGAUUCACACUGGAGCAAGGCCUUAUGAGUGCAGGGAAUGUGGGAAAUUUUUUCGCCACAGCUCCAGUCUUGUUAAACAUCGAAGGAUUCACACUGGGAAAUGCAGUGAUUGUGGGAAGUCCUUUAGUCAGCAUUUCAACCUCAUUCAACACCAGAAAGUUCACCUUGGAAAAAUGUCUUGAAGGUAACAAAUGGAAAUCCAUUAGGCACAUCUCCAAUUUCAUUCAACUGUUGGACAGUUCACAGAGUGGGCAAUUUAGUGAAUGUGGAAAAAGACUUUAGCUAAAGGCCUAACUCUGUUCAACACCAGAAAGUUUAGACUGGAGAAGGCCUUAGGGUAGCAGGUUAUAUACUGUCUCUAAAUCAAUUUGACCUGAUUUAAAACAAACUUUGAGAAUGGCCUUUAUGGGGGAGCUGGCAAUUGAACAUCAUUCAUCUAAAUAUGCAUCCUGGAGGCAGGAUGAGAAUUCGUGACAGAUUGCCCCUCCUGAGAAGACAGCCCUUUGCCUGGGAGCUCCAGGGAGAGGGGGCCCUGUAUUCCUGGCUGCACUCAGUCUGGAAUGGAGUUUUAAUCUCCCUGAGUUUGGAGGUGGGGGAGGAAAGGAGUGGUUUUGGUUCCGAUGGGACUGACUUUUGCUGUUCUUAUGAAUAUUGGAUCUUCUUUAAUAUUUAUUUGCCAUAUACCCUUGUGACCAUU